AACGAGUUUGUUCGCGUCCGUUGAUGUGUUCAAACGUGUUUUGUCUGCACACAUUUUUUUCUUUGUGAUCCAUUGUCCAUUGUGGACCUAAUUAUACAGUAUACCCGCUGAUCGUACCCCUUUAUUAAUUCUAUUUUUGAAUUUCAAUUAUAACCAGCUAAUGGCCGUAAGUCGUAUUUGAGAUUGGGUCAAAAAAGAAGCGAAACAGAAGAAGCCUACCACGUGGAGUAACACCACGUGCGAAUUAGCAAAUUCUUUACAAUAAGGGCUUGCAAUUGCUUCUUGCUUGGGUUUUGCAUAAAACGCUUCUUUGGUUUUCUCGAAUCAUUCUAAUGGCCGUCAGUCUGCAGGAAGCGAACUAGACAACUGCAGCAAGACAUCCUCCAAAUACGAGAUGUCAAAGUUGUCAGUUUGACGGUCGUCAGAAUCACGGAGAAAAGCAUCUCGAGUGGACGGAGUAAUUGUGAUAAGCUAUUAAAUAAAGAAUUGUGUGUUUUGCGUUCAUCUGUAAUUUUGUUAGAACGUUUUAAACAAAAUGGCUGAAUGUGCAGGUCCAUCAAAAGACGGACUGGGCCCGUCGGUAUCGGAUUGCGAAGAUGAUGAUAUAUCAGAAAACAUAUCGGAUUUGGAAAAUGAUGAUAUAUCAGAAGAUAUAUCGGAUUGGGAAGAUGAUGUUGAUCAAAUAAAGGAAAUGCGUUUCCAAUUUGCAAUCCAAUGGUUGUAUAAAAUUAUGCAAAGCGAGAAUGAUGUUGUGUCAUGUCCGUUUAGCCUUCAUGAUGGACUUCUUAGAAUUUAUUUAACGGUCUAUGAUGACAGUAAGGAACUCUUGAAACGCAUCAUUUUUAAAUCAAGUUAUUUCAAACAUUGGAUUAAACCUAAGAUAGAAAAUUAUACAUCUUAUAGACACCGCUUUGCACAGUUGAUAAGAGAAAAUGAAGAUGAAGAUUUUUCUUAUUCUAUGGAUCAGUGUUUUUGUUGGACUAGUUUCAGAGUUAAAAGAUCUAGAAAUAAAAAAAGACGACGAAACCGAAACUCUAAAGUUUCAAGAUAUUUUAAUAAUACAAAGAAGUUUGAACUUUUUGAUAUUAUGCACAAUGCAGGCCGUAAUGAGAUCGAGAGAAUAACACAUAUUAAUAAAUACAUGAAGGUUUAUACAACAUCUUUCAUGUCUGAACCUUUAGUAUUUCUGAACCGAAGAAAAUCGCCGGAACUUGUAUUAACAAAUAUAUUCCGCUAUACACAAAAUUCGAAAAAGUUUCAACAGCCUCAUCUCUAUCUGUCGCAUCAUCAAUGCCUUCAUUAGCGGCUCAUAUUUAUCAACGAAAGCGCAUAGGCUUUUUCUCGAAAAAUUAGCAAUACACGUGAGCGAGUUUCCCUGUCUAAGAGAUGAAGGAGAUGGCACGUCGCUGUACGUCGUGUUACCUGCUACAUUGGUCUCAGAUACGUGGACGAUUAAACAAAAUAUCACCAAAGAUGACAUUUUUAAUUUAGUACUCCGAUUGUUGGAACCUAACGGAGUCGUGGUGUUGCAAGAGCUGCUACAUGGAGUUAAGGCAUUAGAAGGAGAUGAUACAGGCAUUGAAACAUGGCCGACUUUCAAGGUGGAGACAAAUGUGGAAAUUCCUAAUCUGCUGGAAUUUCUAGACAAGGAAGAAUUAUUCGUGCCUGGCGCAAUUGAUCUGUGGAAAGAUCGUACUAGAAACGCCAAAAAUGAACACAAGUUGAAUCUUGUGCACCGUGUUCGUGUCGACAUUACGGGGAAUCACACCAACUUGUGUGCGAUCAACUCGAUCUGCACAGAAGAAGGGAUUGAACAGAAACCUAACAUCUUCGAAGUGAACAACGAUUAUCCGUUCGUCUGGUUUAUCUAUGAUAAAGAAUUUCGAGAAAUCUUUUUAUCGGUGUUUUCCAAAAUCCUAAAAAUCGGAUCCUGAAAUGUUCGAGAAGAUCGUAUAAAAAUUAAUUUCACAAUUGCAUGAUUCGAUUCUAAGACUGCAGCAACAAAAGUGUAUUAGAAAAUGACGUAAUUAUCAAAUUUUUAUUACAUGUUUUCUCUUUUUGAUUUAACUUCUUAUCGAUUUCACUUUGCAUGUAUUAUUUUAUCUUCUAUAUGUAUUAGAAAUUUUUGUUAAUCAUAUGUAGCUUAAUUAAAUAAAUCGAUCUCUUCAGUUUUCAGAAUCGUUAAAA